UGUUAUGAGCCGGAAGUGCUGCUAGCAUUGCGUCAUCAUUAGGAGGAGAAUAAAUGUUAGCGUUUCUGAUAUUAAAUUAUUAUUUGGUUUUCAUAAAUUAAUCUGACAAUAAAGUGCAUUAGAGAAACAUCUGACUGCUGCUGUCCGAGUGUUUAAAGGUGGACUGACAGUUGAGAGAUCCAGCAGUAUGGCAUCACCGAGCGGUCAGGGGGGCGGAGCUCUGUCCACGAGAGGCGGAGCUACAAGCAAGAGAAUGAAAUGGGCUUUAGAACUGAGUCUGGGCAACAGCAGGAAUCGUGGUGACCGGCAGAGUAAAGAGGGUGAUGUCAUGUAUCCGGUGGGAUAUUCAGAUAAGCCCGUCCCGGACACGAGCGUACAUGAAGCCGACCGCAACCUGGUGGAGAAGAGAUGUUGGGACGUGGCUUUAGGACCGCUGAAGCAGAUCCCCAUGAACCUGUUCAUCAUGUAUAUGUCUGGAAACACCAUCUCCAUCUUCCCCAUCAUGAUGGUGUGUAUGAUGGCCUGGAGACCCAUUCAAGCGCUCAUGUCCAUGUCAGUCACGUUCAAGUUGUUGGAGAGCUCCAGUCAGCAGUGGCUGCAGGGUUUGGUUUAUCUCAUCGGUAACCUGCUCGGAUCGGCAUUGGCCAUAUACAAGUGUCAAUCAAUGGGGCUCCUCCCAACACACUCAUCUGAUUGGCUGGCUUUCAUAGAACCACCCCAGAGAAUGGAGAUCAUGGGAGGAGGAAUGGUCAUGUGAAACACACACAAACGCUGCA